AUGUCGCGUGAAAGAGCGACCGAAUAUGGGCACCCCUCUGUGUCGGUCGAAGCAGACGAAGAAGACCUGGAGCUGAUCAGGAAAUACGAAGACUUUACUACAAUAGACUGGAUCCAGGAUGCAAUUAUUGAGCGAAAUAGACGUAUCCGCACUGCGCAAAGACUACACGCGUCAUCGUAUCGAAUACAUGGAACGCGAAUAGAGGUCGUGUCUGCUUGGGUAUGGUCGCGGCUAUUGAGAGUUGUGUAUACGUCACAAAGCUGGUUAGUGGUCAGUCUCGUUGGGGUGUGCAUAGGGCUCAAUGCUGCCAUCAUCUCUAUAGUUACAGCAUGGCUAUCAGACCUCAAAAUGGGGUACUGUUCGGACGGCUGGUGGCUGAAUCGACAGUUCUGCUGCUGGGAGAUUGAGGGUGGAGACGACGCUUGCGAUUCAUGGCACUCCUGGAGCACAGCUGUGGCCGUUCGAUGGGUUAUUUAUGUCUUAUUUGCGACUACAUUCUCAUUCACAGCAGCGCAUCUUGUGCGCUCGAUAGCCAAGUACGCCGCUGGCUCGGGUAUAUCAGAAAUCAAGUGUAUACUCGCAGGUUUUAUCAUGAAGGGAUAUCUCGGCUUCGGAACUUUCUUCAUCAAGAGCAUGACUCUACCAUUAGUUAUUGCUUCAGGCUUGUCGGUGGGGAAAGAGGGCCCUUCUGUUCACGUGGCUUGUUGUAUUGGCAACCUUGUUGCAAGCCUCUUCAAGCGGUAUUCACGCAACCAAGGUAAAAUGAGAGAGAUAUUGACAGCGUCAAGUGCUGCUGGUGUCGCCGUAGCAUUUGGUUCUCCCAUAGGCGGAGUUCUUUUCUCGAUUGAGGAAAUGAGUAGUAUGUUUAGCAUCAAGACGAUGUGGAGAAGCUUCUUUUGUGCACUAAUGGCCACCGUCACCCUUUCUGCUAUGAACCCAUUCCGCAGCGGAAAGCUCGUACUGUUUCAAGUUACCUAUGAUAGAGACUGGCAUUUCUUCGAGAUCUUCUUCUUCGUCAUCCUCGGUAUAUUUGGUGGCUUGUACGGUGCUUUCGUAGUCAACUUCAACCUGCAGGUCGCCGCAUUUAGAAGAAAACAUCUCGGAAAUUUUCCUGUCCUUGAAGCGGUCACACUCGCGACGGUCACAGCAAUGAUAGGCUACUUCAAUCGCUUCUUGCGAAUUGACAUGACCGAAAGUAUGGCCAUCCUUUUCAGAGAGUGUCAAGGUGGUGGAGAUUAUGACAAUAUUUGCCAGACUUGGGCACAAUGGCCCAUGGUGAGCUCGCUCUUCAUCGCUACCGUUUUCCGCGUAGGUCUGGUCGUCAUAUCAUACGGCUGCAAGGUGCCUGCGGGUAUUUUUGUGCCCUCGAUGGCAAUCGGUGCGACAUUCGGGCGUAUGGUCGGAAUCAUGGUGAAAGCAUUAUACCGUGCAUAUCCAACAUCAAGUAUGUUCGUUGCAUGCAAGAUGGAUGUACAGUGUAUAACUCCCGGAACGUAUGCAUUCCUUGGUGCUGCUGCUGCGUUAAGCGGUAUCAUGAGACUUACCGUGACCGUAGUUGUGAUCAUGUUCGAGCUGACUGGUGCCUUGAAUUAUAUUCUGCCAACCAUGAUUGUCCUCUUGGUCACGAAAGCCGUGGGUGACUUCCUGGGGACUCAUGGGAUUGCCGACGAGAUGAUUAGGUUCAAUGGUUAUCCCUUCUUGGAGAAUGAUGACAAAGCAUACAAUGUUCCUGUCUCAAGGACUAUGCGACGACAGUUGUACACAUUGCCUGCUUACGGGAUGAAUGUUCGAGAUAUCGAGGAACAUCUUUCCAACACUGAUGUCAAGGGUUAUCCCGUUGUCUCUAACAAAACCAGCCAAACACUUGUCGGGUACAUCGAACGAUCUGAGCUGCUAUAUGUCCUAGAGAAGGCGCGUAAGGUUCGGGACGUCUUACCCGACACACCAUGCACCUUUAUGUCCAGCGCAGAAGAUCAUGCUGAGAUCGAUUUACCCGUCAAUAUCCCCGGCAUCGCCACUGGGCCCGCCGUGGGGAUCGACGAGGACAUCUCUAUGGAGAUUUUGGAGAGUACCUCCACUCCUGAGGCACUUAAGUUUUGGCCGUGGGUCAAUCAAACUCCACUCACAGUAUCCCCUCAGCUCCCAUUAGAAAUAGCGAUGCAAAUGUUCAAGAGAUUAGGGCCUCGUGUCAUCCUGGUCGAGGACCGAGGCGUUCUCGCAGGACUGGUGACGGUAAAGGACGUGCUGCGCUUCACCCUCAUGGAACAGAAUCAUACACACUCGCCUUGGAGUGAGCACGAGUUUGAAGGCAUCGUUGAAGAGGUGUGGACAUGGACAAAUGAUCGAGUGUAUACGAUAGCAUCAUGGUGCCGUAGACUGUUCCGGCGGUAG